GAAGAAGAAGAAGAAGAAGAAACAAGCGCGCGAAAACAGCCGUCAUUUGUUUCUUGUUUUGAAUCAAUAAUUUAAGGGGAAAUACACACUACAGCCUCACCAGGUUCCAGCAUCAUACUCGUUCUUGACAAGAGAGAAAAAAACAUGGCCAACCAGAAUGAUGAAACUCCUCUGCAGCGUACUGACCAAGAGCUGCAUCCGACUCAUUCGUUUUUGUGGAGAUGGAAUGAGAAAGAUUUCAACAACAUGACCUGCAAUAAAGCUGGGACUGUAGAGGAAUCGCUGAAGAACAGCCCCAAAUUUGCGAAAACGGCAGAGAAGAACAAAGAGAAAGAACUUGUUAUUAUAAGGGAUGGAAAAGCCAUCAGUCCACACUUGCCUUGCACAUUAAUUAAAAAAGGAGACCGUUUGACUGUGAAAUAUGUAAAAGCUGUAGAGCGGCCAAAGAAACCGAUUGGUGCCUAUGUUUCUCUCUGCAGGAACAAACCUCCUUCUAACCUUGUAAUGUUCCAUGUGUUGACAAAGGGAGGUAAAAAUAUAGUUAGAAUCAUGAAAAACUCAGCUCUGCGAGCAUUCCAAGAAAUUUCUGUUUAUGCUUACAAAGGAGAACGAGUGAAGGCGGCUCUGAAACGAGAUGGACGUCUUCACAGCUCCAUAUUUAAGAAGAACUUUGUGCUUUCUAAUAAAAGCACUUCAGUAAAAACGGAGCUUUCUAACCCUGUUGAUGAGCUCAAUGAUGAAACAUUCCAGAUUAUUUUGCUAGACAAGUCAGAUCCACCACCGAGUUUGCCUGGUAGCCUUGAUGAAGCAUAUCUGAUGUCAAAUGAAGGCCAGGGUCAGUUUGAGGCAGAGAAUAACAUCACAGUAAAACAGAAACUGGAGCCCAAUCAGGAAAUGACACCAAGAAAUUUAGUGCUGGAAAUACCCAAUUCAAAAAGGACACAGAACCAGUUAUGUUUCCAGUUUGAGAAAUUUGUGAAAGGCAUAAAAACUCUGGUUCCUACGCUGUCUCAUUUCCAGAAUCUGUUCCGUGUGGACUUUGGUCAGAGUACUCAGAUGUGCAGUGAGGUGAGAACCAUGAAAAGGCUGAUGUGUCUCAGUGAUUCAGCAGGUCAGGUGAGAAUAAAUGGCCAGCCAAACGGAAGUGGGUUCCUCCUGUUUGGUAACUACGCCUUCACUAAUGGCCAUGUUGUUAAAGAUAUUUAUGAUAAACAGAGGUCCCAGUUCAACGAGAAAGUCUCUGUACACUUCUCUUAUGAAAGUGUGGAUCAGACUGAAGGAGCACUGGAUGUGUUGGAGCUUGUUUGCUUUGAGUUGAAGCCUGAUGUGCCCGGUGGUGACUGGGCUUUGUUAAAGCUCAGUGCGCACCAGAGACUCCCUCCUGGUCUGUUAGAGCAUAUUGGCUUUCCUCCCAAAGAUGGUGGAAUUUGCAUCAUUGGGCAUCCAGAGGGAGGAGUGAAGAAAAUAGAUCCAUGUCUGAUUGUCCCCUCACAAAAUCGCCUUCAGGUUGUUGAAAGACACUACAGGGAGAAUCAGGGCCCAGUUCAGUUCGUUACUCGCUCUUUCUUUGAGGGUGUAGCAACAUCUGUUGACCGAAAAUCUUUUCUUACUUACGAAUCCUGCUUUUAUUAUGCCUCCUCUGGUUCUCCUGUUUUUGAUAAGCACUGCAAUGUUGUGGCGAUGCAUUCAGGGGGGUACAUCUACCGUUCUGCCAACGGUGAAACCAAAAGUGUGAUAGAGUUCGCUCAUCCUUUGCUAGCCAUUAUGGAGCGCCUCAUUAUCCAGAUGGUAGUGAGAGAGAAGUUUGAUGUGUUAAAGGAAUACUUGGCUUUCAGUUACGCUCAGCACGAAAUCGUUAUGGGAGGCGUAAAGAAUCUGGUUGAAAAAGAAAAUCUCAUAGAGUUUAAAAAUGCAGUCAACAAUUUGCUUACUGUUGGUAAUUUGAAUGACGUGGCUAUAAACAAAUUUUUGAAGUUCUUCAGUCAAAAACACGAGCAUGUCCCGAUGGAGAUUUCCUAAAUAUGCCAUUGGUAAAGUGCUGACAAAAAUUUCUUACGGUUUUAUUCAGGGAUCCUUUUUUCUAUUUUUUUUAUUUUAUUAUUAAACAACUUAAAAUCAUGUACACAUGCUUUUUGUAGAUAACACAUCUGGAUUUAGUUUUUUUGAAGGUAAAUGUGAAAAUGGACCAAAUAUUAUAUUCACUCAUUUCAUUUAAAAUGAACAAGAAUACAAUGUGAGAAUAAAAUAAAACUGUAUGUUUCACUGUAUGUUCUUCUAUUUUAUACCGCUUUUAAUACUGCGUCUCAUUUGGGGACUUAUUGGUUAAUAAAAUUGUAUUUCUUUGACUGCUGA